AUGAUGUUUUGUAGGAUGCCAGGACAAAGACUAUCAAUCCGAGAUAACGCCGCUCUUGGACGUUUUCAUGGUGUUUCUGCCAGCAAUGGCCAGGCCAUCUCAGAGAAACACAGCGGGUCCAUCGCGAGGAAAGAGAGCGGAUGCUGGCACUGGUUUCAGAGAGCUUGUCCAUGUUGUGUCCGGAGAAAGAGCAGCUCGAAUGAUGUGAGCGGUGACGUGGAUGGUGUGGCUCCCGGGGACGUAGAGAAAGAAAGACCGACUCCACCGACUCUCAACGGAGAUACAGAGCUGGACGAGUUGACUCUAGCAGUGCGCUCUGUCGAUCUGCUGAGUGAGAAAUCAGAUCGGAACAAGACGGAGCAUCACACGGAUCAAUACAACAGUGACCAGCUCAUCAUCCGCAGAGGACAGACCUUUCAAAUAGAGCUCGACCUCUCACGACCUUUCAACCCAAACACAGAUAAACUUCACCUGGAAAUGAAGACGGGGUCUCUCCCGCAGGUGUUGAAGAAGACACACAUCAUCAUACCGCUGGUGGACGAGCUCCAGGAUGAACGCUGGGAGGCAAAGAUGGUGGAGCAGAAGGACAACAGGGUGAGGCUUUCUGUCAACUCCCCCGUCACUGCUGUUAUCGGGAAGUACAAGCUGACCAUCACAACACAAAACCUGAAGACGGGCGAAACUAGCACACAUGACCACGACAAAGACCUCUACAUGCUCUUCAAUCCCUGGUGUGAAGAGGACACGGUGUACAUGGAGGGGGAGAAAGAGCUGAAGGAGUACGUCUUAAAUGACACUGGGAGAAUCUACUAUGGCACUGAGAAGCAGAUUGGAGCUCGUACGUGGAACUUCGGCCAGUUUGAUGAAGGGAUUCUGGAGGCCUGUCUGUUUGUGCUGGAUAACAGCGAUGUUCCUCCCUCGGGACGAGGAGAUCCUGUCAGUGUGGUCCGAGUCAUUUCUGCCAUGAUCAAUUCUCCGGAUGACCUUGGUGUUCUGGAGGGAAACUGGUCGGGGGAUUACGCUGGCGGGACGUCUCCCACGGCCUGGAGUGGAAGUGUUGAAAUCCUCCGGCAGUACCACAGAGAAAGAGGGACGCCCGUCAAAUACGGCCAGUGCUGGGUGUUUUCUGGGGUCACGACCACAGUAUUGAGAUGUUUAGGUAUUCCUACCCGUUCUGUAACUAAUUUCCAGUCUGCACAUGACACGGAUGUGUCCUUGACAACAGAUGUGUAUUUAGAUGAGAAUAUGGAACCAAUCAAUCAUCUCAACUCGGACUCUGUGUGGAACUUCCAUGUGUGGAACGACUGCUGGAUGGCCCGUCCGGAUCUGCCUCCUGGUUUGGGCGGCUGGCAGGCCGUGGACUCCACACCUCAGGAGACCAGUUAUGGGACGUUCCGCUGUGGCCCAGCGUCACUGGCCGCUAUUCGCUCCGGACAGGUCUACCUUAAAUUUGACACCCCUUUCGUCUUUGCUGAGGUGAACAGUGAUAAGAUCUACUGGCAGAGGAACCUGGAUGGCACCUUCAAGCAGAUCCACAGUGAGAAGAAAGCAGUCGGCCACUGCAUCAGCACUAAAGCUGUGGGCUCGGACGAACGUGUCGACAUCACACACCUUUACAAAUAUCCUGAAGGUUCAGAAGAGGAGCGUAUCGCAGUGGAGACCGCCUGUCGCUAUGGCUCUAAACCCAACGUCUACUCCAGUCCCAUUGCUGAUGAUGUGCAGGUGGAGGUGAAGAUGGAGGGAGAAGGUCCACGCAUGGGAGGAGACGCUCAGCUGAAGAUCGUGGUGAAGAACAGCAGCUCUCAGCCGCGCAGAACCACCCUCCACAGCCAAGUGGCAGUCAUGUACUACACCGGCGUCCUGAAGGACACCGUGAAGAAGGACACGCUUAAUGUGGAGCUGAACCCACAGGAAGAGAAGACUCUUGACUGGGUGCUGCCAUACACACAGUAUCAGGAUCAGCUGGUGGACCAGGCCGCGCUCAUGCUGACUCUGUCAGGACGGGUCACUGAGACCCAGCAGGUUUUGGCCAAUCAGACCAGCUUUAGGCUCCGAACACCUGAUCUCCACAUCGGGUCUAUCGGAGAGGCAUAUGUGGGCAAGGAGACAUCUGCGAAGAUCACAUUCACAAAUCCUCUUCCUUGUACUCUGCGUGAUGUGGUCAUCCGAGUGGAAGGACUCGGGCUGAGAGACCUCCAUCCCAUCAAAGUGGGGGAUGUGGGCAAACAUGCCAAUGUGACGGUGACGGAGCACUUCGUCCCCUUGAUAGCAGGCAAGAGGAAGCUGGUGGCGUCUCUGGACUGCAGACAGCUGUCGCAGGUGCACGGUGUGACCGACAUCGACGUUCACGAGAGCCAGUGAACUCACUCACACUAUCAGCAUCAUCAGUAACUGCACAUAUAAAGUGUUUACAUUGAGCCAUGUGGUUAUCUCUUCAAGAAAUAACCCUCUUUUUCACAUAAAAUCGUUCCUACUGUAUGUCCCUAAUCUGAAGUUUGUUUUGAAUUCAUUUUAGACAUCAUUUAUUUAAAAAACUGUAUUGCUUUGAUUUAUUGUGUCUAUUAAAUGUUACUUUAGUUUAGUUGAUCAAAUGGAUCUGUUCAAUGCUGAAAAAGUAAGCUGAUAUAUAAACCUGUAUUAAAAUUUUAUGUGAUGACUGAUAACCUAAAAAUAUAUAUAUUUUAUUGUGGAUAAACAUAUGUAGCUCAUGCAUUUAGUUUCUAUGCAGCUGUAGUGCCUUAUAUUGCAUACUGUUCACAAUGAUGACUAUUAUUGACUCAUUUAAUGUGCCUUUGAGUAAAUGAUUAAUAUUAAUAAUGAUUUCAUAUCGAGCUGCAUUGGUCUGAUGCAUAAUGCUGUUGUAUCCUCACAUCAUUUUGCUAUUACAAAAACUGGGAACCUUCAACUAUGAAAAUAUAUGAAGACCGUAACACUUUAUUGCUUAUUAGGUGUUUUUUGGAGAUAAAGGUAGUUUGUUUGUAUUGUUUAUAUAAUGUAUUUUUGGUUUGGAACAAAUGUCAUCUGUGAUUAGAUUAGAUUUGUUGAAGAGGUUUACUGAACAAUCUGCUCACACCAAUCAGCUCUGCCUCAAUUAAGAGUGUUGCUGCAUUUCAGAUUGUUUUCCACUAAUUCAUUCACUCAUGGAUAACACGGUGAUGAGUAUAUAUAAAUAAUAUGUUCAUAAAUUCUUUCCCUUUUCUGCAUUGCACACUUGCUCUAACUUGUUUCUUGAUGUGGUUUAAAUAAUUAAACCUACUUUCCAUUUCUAGUAUGAACAAGUCAGAAACAUGGUCAGGUAUUUAUAUUUAUAUAUAUAAAAUAUCUCAAAAUCCGAAAUGCUGGAUCUAGCGCCUCGUAGUGUUACUUAAUUGUAUUCAGAAGAGGAAUGCGAACAUCUCUCAAAAACAAAGUCGGGUCUAGUCUAGGUUCUGAUAAGACAAGCUCACGAUCACGUUUAUUCUAAUCAACGUCAUACAGUAAUGCACCACUCUUGAUUUAUUUUUAAUUUAAGCUUUUAUUCUAAUAAGUGGCUUAAUGAGCAAUAGUACGGCUUCAGAGGUUGACUCUUUUACUCACAAGUCGGUUUUUACUUGCUCAUUUGUGUUUAUGAUCACGCUCUUGCAAACUCGUUUAUUUCUAACUCAAACUUUCAUGGAAAAAUUUAAAGUCACGUGACCAUGGUGCAUAAGCUUCGGGAUUCACAAAAGUUGUGUUCAUUUUUAAAGAUUGUCAUGAUAAACAACAUUAAAAGGGAUAGUUAAAAUACUAUAUCAUAAUAAUAUAUAAUGAAAUAAAACUAUGUUUAUGCGUUUAUAAAUAUAUACAUAAAAAA